CCCAUCACCACCACACGCCGCCACUUCCGCCACCAACAAUUAUAUAAAUAACCACAAACCCAUUUUCUCAACCAAAAACUCAGCCUCCAUUAUUGAACGAUAACCCACCUUCCAAACAACCUAACCCAUACUGGUCUCCGGACCCGUGGCGGCCGGUAUCAGAACCGCCACCGCCACCGCUGCCACCACUCAUGUCAGACGGGAAUACAACUUCUCCGCCAUCGCGGUUGUCAAAGCCGCCGUUGCUUCACAAACAUAAAUCAUUGUCUACGGACUAUAAUCGUGAAGAGGCGUGGCUGAAGCUGAAGGACAAUCACCAGCAUCACCACCAGCAGCGCCACCACCUCCAUAGGCGGAGCAAGAGCUUGAUAAUGAUAACCACCGAAGACAUUAACGAGCUCAAAGGGUGCGUCGAUCUGGGUUUCAACUUCGCAUCGGAACCAACUAAACUAUCAAAGACGUUCCCGGCUCUUGACCUCUAUUACGCCACCUCAAUACCACCGACGUCAAGCUCAAAUUCAUCAGCCACCACCUCUAAUCACGGUGACUCGCCGCCACAACCUUGUAGCCCUCAUAACGCCUCCACCACCACCCUAUUCAACUCAGGAGAGAAUCCGGAAAUGGUGAAAAGAAGAUUGAAGCAAUGGGCGCAGGUGGUUGCUUGUGCGGCACGUCAACCAGCAUGUUACCAAAUUGACCCAAAGGAUUGAACUUUGAAGCAAAAUUUAAACCAUUUAUUAUAUAUUAUUAUUCUUUGUUAGUGGGAUUAAUUUCAUUUAAUAACUAAAUUGUUGUUAAAUACUCUUAUCUUUAAAUUGAUUUUGUUGAUGAUAAUAAUUGUGUA